AUGGCAGGAAGUGGCAGUGAGGAACAACAAAAGGCCGGAUCAUCAAUCUCUGCAUUGGUAUCCACCUUAAUCCCAUCAUUGAUUAUAUUUGCUGUGUUUAUUUUAAUAUUUACAUUAUUAAGAAAGAAACAAAAGAGAGUUUAUGAACCAAGAACUAAUGUUUCAACAUUACCAAAAGACUUGAAACCUGAUGAAACUCCAAGAGGUUUAUUUGGAUGGUUAGGUCAUAUUAUGAGUAAACCUGAAUCAUUUUUAAUCCAACACACAGGUGUUGAUGGUUAUUUCUUUAUCAGAUUUUUAUUCGGUUUUGCAUCCAUCUGUUUCUUAGGAUGUUUAGUCUGUUGGCCUGUUUUAUUCCCUGUAAACAUCGUCAAAGGGGUUGGUAAAACCGGGUUCGAUAUGUUAUCAUACGCUAAUGUUAAAGACAAAUACAGAACUUUCGCCCAUGUGUUUGUUUCAUGGUUAUUCUUUGGUACUGUGGUAUUUUUCAUGUACAGAGAAAUUGUCUACUAUACUACUUUCAGACAUGUUGUGCAAACCACUCCUUUAUACGAUUCAAUGUUAAGUUCUAGAACUUUAUUAUUGACUGAAAUCGAUGAGCAAUUGUACGAUGAGGCUACUUUGAGAAAUUACUUCCCUACUGCUACCAAUAUCUGGUACGGAAGAGAUGUGAAAACCUUACAAGAUAAAGUUAAAGAAAGAACCAAAUUAUCCAAAAAGUAUGAAGGUGCUUUAAAUAAAGUUAUUAAUGGAUCAACCAAAUUGCGUCUUAAAUUGACCAAGAAGAAGAAACCAUUACCUGAACCAUCUGAUGAUUUAAACAAAUACUUGAAAGAUGGUAAGAAAAGACCAACUCACAAGUUGAAAUUCUUAAUUGGUGAAAAAGUUGAUACUUUGAACUAUGGUGUUGAAAGAUUAGGUGAAUUGAACAAAGAUAUCAAGAAGGAUCAAUUAGAAUAUCAUUCUUUCAAACAAAUACCUGCUGUUUUCAUCGAAUUCCCAUCGCAAUUAGAAUUACAAAGAGCUUACCAAGCUAUUCCUUUCAAUACUGAUUUUAAAGGUGCUAAAAGAUUCAAUGGUUUAGCUCCUAAUGAUAUUAUUUGGGAAAACUUGUCCUUAACUCCAUGGAAGAGAAGAAUUAAGAAAAUCAUUGCUUCAACCGUCUUGACUUUAAUGAUUAUCUUCUGGGCUAUCCCAGUUGCAGUUGUUGGUGCUAUUUCCAACAUUAAUAUGUUAACUGACAAAGUUAAAUUCUUAUCAUUUAUUAACAAAAUGCCUGGUUUCCUUAUGGGUGUAAUCACUGGUCUUUUACCAGUUGUUGCAUUGGCUGUUUUAAUGUCUUUAGUCCCUCCCUUCAUUAGAAAAAUGGGUAAAGUUUCAGGUUUAAUGACUGUCCAACAAGUUGAAGGUUAUUGUCAAUCCUGGUAUUUUGCUUUCCAAAUGGUUCAUAGUUUCCUUGUUGUUACAGUUGCCUCUGCUGCUGCAUCAACCGUCACAACCAUUAUAUCUGAUCCAAGUAAAGCUUUGAAUUUAUUGGGACAAAACAUUCCACCAGCUUCAAAUUUCUAUUUAGCUUACUUUUGUUUACAAGGUUUGGCUAUUUCUUCAGGUAUUUUAGUGCAAAUCGUUGCUUUGAUUUUAGCUCAAUUCUUAGGUAAAAUUUUGGACAAGACCCCAAGAUCAAAAUGGACUAGAUAUACUACUUUGGGUCAACCAUCAUGGUCAGUUGUCUAUCCUUUGUAUCAAUUCUUAGGAUCUAUUGCUAUUAUCUACGCAAUUAUUUCCCCAUUGUUAUUAGGAUUCGCUUUUAUUGCCUUCGUAUUAAUCUACUUCGCAUGGAACUAUUCCUUGAUCUAUGUUACUAGACCUAACAUUCACGAUUCAAGAGGAAGAAAUUACCCAAGAGCAUUAUUACAAUUGUAUACUGGUUUAUACUUGGCUCAAGUUUGUCUUGUUGCCUUAUUCGUCUUCAAUAAGAAUUGGGCUUGUGUUGCUUUAGAAGCUGUAUGUAUCGCUGCUUGUGCUGCUGCUCACAUCUACAUGAAAUACAAAUUCUUACCAUUAUUUGAUAUUGUCCCAAUUUCAGCCAUCAAAUAUGCUGCUGGUGACUCCACUUUCCAAUAUCCAAUGCACGAUCAAGGUUCCAAAGAAAUCAAAGUCGAAGGUGAAAACUAUUGGGAUGGUGGUAAUCAAUUAGGAUUAAAAGAUCAAAAAGAUCAAGUUUUACCAACUGCCGAUUUAGAUCAAACUUCCCCAUUACAACAACCAUUGGUUCCUGGUACCCACGGUGCUAACUCAAUGGAUGGUAAUAAUCCAACCAUUAUCGAUUCCGAUGAUUCCAAACACAACGAUGAUUAUUCCAAAUUUACUCAUGAUUCUAAAGCUCCAAUCAACAACAAAGAAUUACUCGAAAGAGAUCCUGAAAAAUCUGGUAAUUUCGAACCAUCACCUACUAAAGGUGUUUCUUGGUUGAAGAGAUUCUUCCAACCAAAGACCGAAUCUUUCGAUUUAAUCAGAAAGGUCAUGCCAGCUGCUUAUUUCAACUAUGUCGAAUAUCACCCAGAUUUCUUAAGAAAUGCUUAUAAUGAUCCUGCUAUCGCAAAUGAGGAACCCCAUAUCUGGGUUGCCAGAGAUGAAAUGGGAUUAUCUGAAAUUGAAAAGAAUAAAGCUUUGGAAAAUGGUGUUGAUGUUUCCGAUGAUAAUGCUAAGUUUGAUGAAAAGGGUAAUGCCAUUUACACUGGACCUCCACCAUCUUACGAAGAUUCUAUUAGAGUAUAA